AGAUAUUGGACUUUUUCCUUUCAGCAAAGCAUUUCCUUUCCACGACGUCGUUUACUGGUAACGGCAGCGUUUACGGGGGACUUGGGAUUACUCUGCAACACAAAAGAAAAAAAUCAGAAAGCGAAAAGACCUUAUUUUAUUUCCCUCUCUGAAAAACCCUAGGCUAGUGAGGGUUUCUAAAUUCUUGAUUCACUGUUUACAGUCUCAUCUCCAACUGAAUGAUCGGGCGUUUUGUAUAGCUUCACUUUCAAAUUCUAAGUUUCAAAUAUUAUUGUUUUCUCUAGUUUUAAAAGUUAGGCAACGACAAAACAAUCAAGAAUCAAUGGAUUACGAUUAUCCACAAGCACAACAACGACGAACUCAGUUUGAAGAUAACAAUAUUGUAGCCUGUAAUGGCGAAGAAGAAGAAGAGGAUGAUUAUUACGAUGAUAAUCAACAACACCAACAGGAUCAUCAUCAAAAUCAACAUGAAUUAGGCGGUGCAGGUGGCAAUGGGAGAAGGCAAUCCCUAACUUUUAAUCAGACUCGUGAUAAUUCUUCUUCUGAUUCUUCUCAAGGAAAACUCUUUGUUGGUGGUAUCUCUUGGGAAACUACUGAAGAAACAUUCACUAGUUACUUCAGUAAGUUUGGAGAAAUCACAGACUCUGUUAUUAUGAGGGAUAGACAUUCUGGAAGGCCAAGGGGUUUUGGAUUUGUAACAUUUGCUGACCUGGCAGCUGCUGAUAGGGUUUUGGAGGAAGACCAUAUCAUUGAUGACAGAGCGGUUGAAGUAAAGAGGACAGUUCCGAGGGAGGAAAUGGAGGUUAAAGGAGUUGUAAGAGCCAGGAAAAUUUUUGUUGGUGGAAUACCACCAACUCUGACUGAAGAUGAACUGGGGGAGUAUUUUUCUGUCUAUGGCAACAUUGUUGAGCACCAGAUAAUGCUGGAUCAUAAAACUGGACGAUCUAGGGGCUUUGGCUUUGUCACAUUUGAGACUGAAGAUUCUGUUGAACAGAUCUUUUCAACUGGCAGGACACAUGAACUUGGAGGAAAACGGGUGGAAAUCAAGAAGGCUGUACCAAAGAGAAAUGGUGGUGAUUAUGGCUCCAGUGGAAAGUAUCACACUGGAUUCAGCAAUGGUGCAGGUGGCUAUGGUGCUGGCCAUAAUUCAGGGGGUCUGUAUGGUGGAAAAAUGGGUCGAGGUUAUGGUGCAUAUAGUGGUUAUGGUGGCUACAGUGGUUAUGGAGGCUACGGUGGAGGCUAUGGAAGCAGUAAUGGUUUUUAUGGUGGCUAUGGUGGAUAUGGUUAUGGAUUCGGGUAUGGUAGUCCCAUGAUGUUUGGUAGCGGGGGAUAUGGAGGCAGUGGGUAUGGUACCACAAGUGGUUAUGGUCCCACUGCAGGAUAUGGCGGUGGUGGUAAAGGAUUUGGAAGAAGCAGUGAGAGUGGUAGUUUUGGCAGUGUUAAGGGAUAUGGAAGUGGUGGUGGUGCUGGUAACGGCAGUCAUGGGAGUAGUAGGGGAUAUGUAGGCGGUGACAAUGGUGGUAGUGCUGUUACAGGAAGGUACCAUCCCUACCAAAAGUGAAGGAGAAUGUUUUCAGUAGGCAUGGAUUUCCAAGCGGGAUGUUUGAAAUGAAAGAGAUUUCCUCUUCAUGAUUAAGUAAGAGUAGGUUGUUUUCAAGAAGCUACUGCUAUUCUGUUGUUGCCAACCUUCUCUGCUAAAUGUGAGAGGUUGACUUGACUUGGUGACGGAAUGGUUUUUGUAAUCUGAAAAUGCAAAUAUUACAGUAUAGUAUUGGAAUUUUUUCAA